AUGACAUUGAGCCAGUCCAGUAGUGUCACUCCUGCCCCGCUCGAUUCCGCUUGGCCACCGGCCCACAUUUGGGAAACCAUGGAUGUAGCAGAGACCGAUCUCCGCCGCAAAAGGCCUCGUGCGGACCUGCAAGAUGACGAUACUGUCGAAGAAAACCGUGAGCCACCCCCCGAGGUUAAGCCACUCAUCGACAUAUUCCCGGGUGUCUCUGCUGCCCUUCUUACUCGCGUCUUCGAUAGGAAGUUGAAGGCGACUGAACUCAUACGCUUCAAAGAGAAGUCAGUCACCGAGCUAGAUCAGGAGGACAGAGUCUUCGAAAUGACCGAGUCGGGAGGCACAGUAGGCUUCAAAAAGGCAGCAGCGUCGCUUAAGGACUGGGGUCCUAACCCUCAAACAUGGACGUCCUGCUUUCUUGCCUAUCUAGUGGUUGUGGGAUAUCUCUUCGGCGAGAAACAUCCUAAGGCAGUCCCUAACUUACUCAUGUUUAUGAGGCAGAUCCUGGACUUCGCUCAGACUUAUCAGUGGUCGGAAGCAGUUCUUCCACUUGCCCUUAAUUUCCAUCAAUACAUACUGGAUAAAGGAGAGCUAUCGACGGAUACCUACCUGGUCACAGGCCUAUUCCGCGAGAAAUACCUCCGCCACAAUCUCACCUUACCUGCGAAGUCACCAACAAACCCUCCAACACGGCCUCGUCAAGCCAGGAAUACCAGAUCUUCGAAUAAUGAGACAGAGAUUUGCGAUAAGUUCAAUACGACAGGGUGCUCUUGGGAAGGCUGCAAGAGACGUCACGAGUGCGAUCUCGGGUCCACUAUCGCUGGCAUUCUGACCUUCGGUGCCCAGGUCGGCUAUAGGGGCAAUACGCAGUUUCGCUAUUCCUCUAACCAUCACAUACACGAACCUGGUCUGAUCACAGCUAAACUAACAGAGGACCUCAACCUCGGUCGUGUUAGGCCAGCCUCUGGGCCCUCCUUCGUUUCACCGCUUGGGUUAGUCCCUAAGCACGAUGGGGAAUGGCGCCAUAUCCAUGACCUCUCUUGGCCCCCUGGACAAGGCCUUAACCAGGGCAUACCGGACUCCUGGUCAGCUAUCGAAUACAUGACAAUCGACGACGUCUACGAGCAAGUCAUACAAGCUGGCCCAGGUUGCACAAUCAUCAAGAGGGAUAUCAAGGACGCCUUCCGAAUUGUCCCCAUUGCCGAGGAUAACCAGCAUCUGCUUGCCUUCCAGUGGAACAAUUCCACUUACGUCGAAUGCUGUCUCCCCUUUUGCCUCGCAACGGCCCCGUUUCUCUUCAACCUCUUCGCCGAGGCGCUCCAUUGGAUACUCCAAUGCCUCUUACCUGCAUUCUAUAUCAAUCAUUACCUAGACGACUUCAUCGCAAUUGCUCGGUCUCCUUCGGCGUCCGACCCUACGGGUCCCUUCGACAAGGUUUACAACAGGGUCACCGAGUACCUCCGUAUCCCCCGCAAUACAAAAAAGGACCAGCAAGGCUCAUGCGUCACAGUCCUUGGUAUCCAGAUAGACUCUAUUGCAAUGGAAGCUCGCCUGCCGCCAGAAAAGUUGUGCCGCGCCACAUUGGACGCCGCAGCCGCCCUGAACGUAGCGAGUCUCACCCUUAAGCAAACAGAGCGCCUCACAGGCUUAUUAGCCUUCUGUUCACGAGUUGUUCGGCUAGGAAGAACAAGGCUACAGUCUCUAUACACCUUCCAAGCCGCUUUCCCACAUGGGAGUAGCGGGCGCCGCCGUAUCCCUUACGAGGUACGUGACGAUUUGGAAUGGUGGAAGAACUCCUUGUCUCUCUUCAAUGGCGUACUCCUAAUUGACCCCUGCCGGCGCUCCAUCACGCAUCUCUACACAGAUGCCUCAAACACAGGCCAGGGGCUCUUCUUCUUUUCAUCUAAGUCUACAUUAGACUGCUGGCUGGCCCAUUGUCACCAGCUUCAUCCAAGCAAUGCUGCCACAUUGGCCCUUUCUCAAGACGCACAUGCGCAUAUCAAUACCAACAAAGUAGACGCUAUUCUACAGGGCUUCCUACUCUUCAGCCACCAUUGGCUCCAUCACACUCUCGUUAUCCACACGGAUAGCUCCACGGCCCACACGGAACUAAAGAAAGGCUUCCUUCAUGGUCCGCCUAACGCACCUCUGAAGAGCCUACUUAUCCUAGCGGCGGCGAGAGACAUCCAUGUCGUGCCACACUGGCUACCUUCCGGGGAAAAUAAACUAGCAGAUGCGCUCUCACGUAACAAUCUUGAAGACAUUGCUAACAUUUGUCCCCAUUGGCAGGACCUCUCGGUAUUGAACCGCCCGCGUGGUUCUCUUCACGAGCUCCUCAGUUCAAUACAGGCCACCUAA